CACUGUACACACGUUUAGACUGUACUCCGUAGACAGCAGACGUACCAUCCUCACGAACCACAGCCAGGAUAUACUGACAAAGGAUCUCACGAUGCGCAUCAAGAACCUCCUCGCCAUCCUCGGCUCAACAGCCCUCGCCGCCGCCGCCUCCGCACCAGCCGUAACACCCUUCCUCACACAGCCAGGAACCCAACCAACAACCCUCGUCCCACAACCAUCCUCCUCCGCCGCCCCAGCAGUCCCAGCACCACCAGCAUCCUCCCCAGGAUCUUCUUCUUCCUCCUCCUCAUUAGCACCACCAAACUCUUCCUCCUAUUCCACCGCAGUAGCAUCAGCCUCCCUCUCAACAGUAACAUCCCGCCCCGCCGCUACCAAAACAAUCUCUCUCGCCCCCUCAAAGACAAACAUCUACCAAGAGUGCGGCGGCCUCCGCCCGACGCCCAAUCCCUGCCCCGCCAGCUUCGAGUGCAUCGACGACCCCUUCCGCAAGGGCUGCGGCCUGGCCUGCGAUCAGCCGGGCAUCUGCGUCGUGCCCAUCAUGUGCGGCGGCAUCGCGGCCAUCAAGUGCCCCGCCGGCAAGUGGUGCGUCGAUGAUCCGCGGGAUGACUGUCACCCGCUUCAAGGGGGUGCCGACUGUGCUGGGCUUUGUGUUUGAGUCUGAAGGGGGGGGGUCAUGGGUGGAUGGAGAGGCGGCGGGGAGAAGAGAGACGGGAUACUUAAUACUGGGGGGAGCCGAAUUGGCACCUGAAUAGGCGUUAUUGGGAGAACUGCUCCGAGUCAUAAUUCACACACAUCUUACUCACCAAUGUCCGUCUCCAGAGGUCCUCAUAAAGCAAAGGUUUCCAUGGGAAGGCUCGGUGAGUC